CCGCCCUCGGCUCAGAGGCACGGCUUGACCUCGCACGAGCACUCCACGACUACUAUCCGGCACUCCCAGCUCAACAGCACCGUCCCCCAGCGCCGUCUGCCCCACUCGACCUCGACCCUCGCCUCGUCCCAUCUCCCUCGCCUUCUUCUUCACCAUGUCGGGCCCGAGGAACGAGGAGCGUAACGCAGCGUGUACCUGCUACAUCGGCAACCUCGACGAGCGAGUGACCGACGCCCUCGUGUGGGAGCUCAUGCUCCAGGCAGGACCCGUCUCCAACGUCCACCUGCCCAAGGACCGCAUCUCGAUGACCCACCAGGGCUACGGCUUCUGCGAGUUCCUCACCGAGGACGACGCCGAGUACGCCUGCAAGAUCAUGAACCAGAUCAAGCUCUUUGGCAAGCCCGUCCGCGUCAACAUGGCCUCGAGUGACCGCAAGCAGCUCGACAUCGGCGCCAACCUGUUCGUCGGCAACCUCGACCCCAACGUCGACGAGCGCAUGCUGUACGACACGUUCAUGGCGUUCGGCACCCUCGUCCAGCCCGCAAAGAUCUCGCGCGACCCGACGACGGGCGCAUCAAAGGGCUUCGGCUUCGUCUCGUACGACUCGUUCGAGGCGUCCGACGCCGCCAUCGAGGCACUCAACGGCCAGUUCCUCGCCAACAAGCCCGUCACGGUCGGCUACGCCUUCAAGAAGGACGCCAAGGGCGAGCGACACGGCACGGCCGCCGAGCGCCUCCUCGCCGCCCAGGCGAGGAAGAACAACGCGUUCUCGGGCCCGCCCGGCGGCGCGCCGCCGCCGCCGCACCAGGCCCAGUUCCACGGCGCGCCUCCCCCUCCUCCCCCGCCCGGCAUGAUGCAGGCCCCGCCGCCGCCGCCACCGGGCUUUAAUCCGUACGCCGCCGCCGGCAUCCCGCCGCCGCCGCCGGGCUUUGCGCCCUCGGGCGCUGCGGCGUACGGCGGCGCGCACCCGCCGCCACCGCCGCCGCCGGCAGGGUACGCGUGA